AUGCACUGCCUAUCCUCGGUUAGAUAUGCAAUAGCUAUCCUCGGACUACCAAGCUGCGAUCCUGCACGACAGUCUACCCAAGGACGAACUGACUACACCACAGCACUGUCCGCGUCGAUCCUCUCUCUCUGCAAGCGCCGACGCGCCCUUUACUCAAGUACAGACAUCCAGGGAUCGACUGGACCUCGAAUACCGCUGUUCCAUCCUGCCUACCUCCAAGCUGUCGCCUUGAAACCUGACAACGCUCCUUCAAGACUACACGACCGAACCGAAACGAUUAUCUUUGUCGACGAAGUAGCCGACAUCUUGGAACACGUACCCGAGCAGGAGCCAUAUACUCGCCUCAAGGAUGCGAUUCUGAAACAAACCGGCCGUUCGGACGAGGAACUGCUCCGGGAACUUUUUACCCACGUCACCAGGGGCGACAGAACACCCUCACAGCUUCUACGCUUCAUGAGGAGCCGACUGGGGAAACAUUCCAUGGCCGAAUCAAUCUUGCGCGAACUGUGGAUGGACAACUUACCCACUACCAUAACGCAGAUAUUGGCACCAAUCGCUGAUAACACUCCACUGGACCACAUCAGCUGCAGGAUAUACGAAUGCUCCUUUCCCGCACAUCGAGAGGCCCGAUGCCGGCGACCGGCGGUUGGCGACGGAGAGCACGGAGUACCAGCAGGGAUCGACGAGUCGACCCGGAAUUAUGCUGGUACCAUCACAGAUUCGGCACUAGGGCAAAAAAUUGCUCGGCACCCUGCAAAUACAGCUCCAAAACCAAGUCGGAAAACUAAACAGCCGGCGGGUAGGAGCGGCAGAACCCCCCGGCAAAAACAUACGAAGCCGCCUUUUCUACUGGACACAGGAGCAGCAAUCAGUGUGAUACCCCCCAAAGAACAGCAAGACCGAAAGGCGACCCCGUAUAAACUCCAGGCAGCAAAUGGCUCGACGAUCGAGACAUAUGGAGCCAAGACACUGACUCUUAACAUCGGUAUGCGGCGCGAUUUUACCUGGACUUUCACCCAGGCAGACGUAAAAACGCCAAUACUCGGGGCAGAUUUCCUGGCCCAUUAUGAUCUAGCCGUUCACAUGAAUACGAGGACUUUAUCAGACAAUACCACGAACAUUGCUGUUAAAGGCACCCUCUCUCGACACAACACCACUGGAAUCAGUGUGACAACUUGCCACAGACGAGAGUACAUCGAAAUCCUAAACAGAUACUCGGACCUCAUUCAACCACUCGCAGGUACCGGUCCGGCAAAACACCAAACACAGCACCAUAUAAAGACCAGUGGACAGCCAACAUUUUCCCACCCACGACGACUUCCUCCUCAUAAGCUGGAAUACGCCCAAAAGGAGUUUAACAAUAUGCUGCAGGACGGAUUCAUACGACCCUCCGAUAGCCCAUACACCUCACCCCUACAUCUCGUACCUAAGCCGGGAAGCACAGACUUUAGGGUAUGUGUCGAUUAUAGAAGAUUAAACGCUACAACCAUACCCGAUCGCUAUCCGGUCCCCACACAUUCACGAUUUUUCGCCUCAGGGUUGCAGGGGACACUCGCCGACGAGCUCCCCCCUCUCACCUACGCUGACCACACGAAGCAGCCAAGGCCAGCAGCAGCUAGAGCCAGCAGAGCAGUCCGGCCUCCUCAUCAGCAGCAGCCAAGGCCAGCAGCAGCUAGAGCCAGCAGAGCAGUCCGGCCUCCUCAUCAGCAGCAGCCAAGGCCAGCAGCAGCUAGAGCCAGCAGAGCAGUCCGGCCUCCUCAUCAGCAGCAGCCAAGGCCAGCAGCAGCUAGAGCCAGCAGAGCAGUCCGGCCUCCUCAUCAGCAGCAGCCAAGGCCAGCAGACAUCAGCAGCAGCCAAGGCCAGCAGACAUCAGCAGCAGCAGCUAGAGCCAGCAGAACAGUCCAGCUUCAUCAUCAACAGCAGCGACGCAGACAUCAGCAGCAGCCUACACUCGGACUACCAAGCUGCGAUCCUGCACGACAGUCUACCCAAGGACGAACUGACUACACCACAGCACUGUCCGCGUCGAUCCUCUCUCUCUGCAAGCGCCGACGCGCCCUUUACUCAAGUACAGACAUCCAGGGAUCGACUGGACCUCGAACACCGCUGUUCCAUCCUGCCUACCUCCAAGCUAAACGAUUGCCGAAUAAGUUCUAUCAAAUUUUUGAGAUGUAUCUCGCUGUAGUAUUGACCAUCUUACUUCCUGUUAGUGCAUCUGUCCUGAUUAGCCCAGACUCCAAACUAGACAAUGAAUGGGAGCUUUUUAAGUCUAAAUUCAGAAAAACCUAUGAAAAAGAAGAGGAGUUUUUUAGGCGAAUGACUUGGGAAAGUCAUAAUUACCUUAUUGACCGACACAAUAGAAAAGCUGAUGACAAUAUUCAUACUUUUCGUCUAGCUAUGAAUGAAUAUGGAGAUCUGACACAUACAGAAUUUAUAAGGCUCAUGAAUGGCUACAAAGGCAAGCCCAUAAAGAAAACUGGUCAUAAAGUUUCUGUUCCCAAAGAUCUUCCUGAAUCAGUGGACUGGAGAAAGAAAGGUUAUGUUACUGAUAUUAAAAACCAAGGUGCCUGUGGUUCUUGUUGGGCUUUCUCUGCUACUGGUGCUCUUGAAGGACAGCACUUCAGACAGACAGGAAAUCUGGUGUCUCUAUCUGAACAAAACUUGGUUGAUUGCUCUUAUCCUGAAGGUAACAAUGGUUGUAAUGGUGGUUUGAUGGAUCAAGCUUUUCAGUACAUCAAGGAAAAUGGUGGUAUUGACACAGAGGAGUCAUAUCCUUAUGAAGCAAAGGAAUCUGAAUGCCAUUACAACAAGACUUACAAGGGAGCUACUGAUAUUGGCUAUGUGGAUGUUGAGUCUGGUGAUGAAGAUGCUCUGAAAGAAGCAGUUGCUACUGUAGGACCUAUAUCAGCAGCCAUUGAUGCUGCUACAUAUGAAUUCCGUUUCUAUCACUCUGGUGUUUUCUCUGACAAGGACUGUAGCUCAGAACGUCUUGAUCAUGGGGUCUUGGUUGUAGGAUAUGGCAUCAGUGAAAAUGGAAUGGAUUUCUGGGAAGUCAAAAACAGUUGGGGAAAAUCAUGGGGUAAUGAAGGUUAUAUAAGGAUGUCCCGUAACAAUGACAACAACUGUGGUAUUGCAACACAAACCAGCUACCCUAUUGUCAAAUUGAAGCUUAAUUAA